CUCUCUCUAAAAAUGAGAUUAAGCUGCAACGGGUGCCGAGUCCUCCGCAAAGGCUGCAGCGAAGAUUGCAUCCUCAGACCUUGCCUCUACUGGCUCAACUCACCCCAAUCCCAAUCCAACGCCACCUUCUUCCUCGCCAAAUUCUACGGCCGCGCCGGCCUCCUCAACCUCCUCGCCGCCGCCCCACCCCCUACCCGCCCCGAUAUUUUCAAGUCACUCCUCUACGAAGCCUGCGGACGGAUCAUCAACCCAAUCCACGGCUCCGUCGGCCUGAUGAGCUCCGGCGAGUGGCCUCGCUGCCACGCCGCCGUCAAUGCUGUCCUCGGCGGCGCCCAGCUCAUCUCGACCCUCUGCGACAUCCGCCACGUCUCCAAAGGCUCAGCCGGGACCCGAUGCCGCCGCAGACGAUCUGCCUCGCUGGCUGACUCGGCUGCGGCCGAGUAUGUUAGCGAGGCGGAGGCGGAGGCGAAGUUCACCAUCACGGGGUGGGACGAUAGCAAAGAAUUGGUGAUUGGUGAGGAAUUUAGAAGGGGUCCGAGCCAUGACUCGUUCUCGGUUGAAACGGUCGAGACGAGUUUGAUGCUGUUUGAUAAAGGAACGGUUCCGGAAACUGGACUCAGUGAGGUGGAGCUCGAGUUGAGUUUGGGAAUUAAUCCACUGCUGCAGACCUACUUAUCUACAGUCAUUGACAUUUCUGAUAGCGAAUGAGUUAGAUUCCAUUAAUAAACCUAUCUAGUAUUUUUAGAUCAUAGUUGCUAUUUCGGAAUUUCAGUUAUUUCUUACUCCUAUCAUAGUGAUUGAAGUUGUUAUUUAGAAAUUUGAGUCUAUGUGUAUACUACUACAUUUCAAUGU